UUUUAUUUUUGGCCGAAAUCUAAUAAAACAUUAAAGAAAUUUGUAUAUAUCAUUAAAAGGAAGCUUUAUUGCAAACCACAAAAGGGAAAAAGAAAACAAAUUGGACCAAAAUUAAUUAAACAGAACAAUAAAAACAUAAGGAAAAUAAAAAAAAUUAGAAGUUGUGAAUGUUUUUAUUUUUAUUAUUAUUUUAUUUUAUUUUUAAGGGAAGAAGUGCAGAAUUUCAAGGAUAGAGAAGUCAUCGAAGCAUUGUGUCUUGUUUUAUGCAGACAAGUAGGAAUCUGAAUUUCUGUUGGUUCCAACGGUCAGUCAUCCUUUGGGACCAAAAGAAUUCUUUCAUAUUAUUUUUUUCCAAUUUUGGUUGAAUAAUUAAUAAUAAUGAUGAUGACCAUGAUGGUGGUUUUCAUUUAUUAAUCUUGAAAUUUGCACUUUCGAUUUCAUCAACAGGGUGUAUGGUUAAAUUGCUGAUAUAGAUUUGAGAAAAAGGGUUACUUUUUAUGAAAUUGUUGUUUGGGUGAUUGACAAGUGUUCUCAUUGGUUUGGUUUACUGGAAAUGUAAUGUGAUUUUGGGAAGAGUAAAAUUUAUUUUGUGGGCAAUGGCUGCCGGAGGGAUUUCAUCUGGUAAGCAGAGAAAUCCGCGGGGAUUUAUGACAGUCUUGUCUUCUGCUGUUUGUGAAUGGUUCUUGAUGUUUAUGUUGUUUCUGGAUGCGGCAUUGUCGUAUUUGAUCAUCAAAUUUGCGAGUUACUAUGAGUUGCAAACACCAUGUAUGUUGUGUUCAAGGUUUGAUCAUAUAGUUGGGGACAAGAAAACUGGAUGUUAUAGGAGACAUCUUUGUAGGAACCAUAAAGAGGAUAUAACAUUUCAAGUGUUUUGUCAUAUUCAUGGUAAUCUUGCUGAUGUUCGUGCUAUGUGUGAAGAAUGUCUUGUAUCAUUUGCUACUGAGAACAUACUUAUUAAAGAAUCGGAUAACUUGAUGAUUGAUAAAUUGGGGAAUAAGAGCUUUAUACCUAGUUCUCCUGGCCCAUGGAACUGUUCUUGUUGUCAGAAGACGUGGAGGGCUCGAUCAAGUUCUCAAAGAUUGCUCCAGCUAACUUCAGUUGGUUUUGGAGCUUCUAAGGCUAAUGUCAAGCCUCCUCUACCACGGGCACCAGGUCGUAGCCGUUUUAGCCGCCGUGAUAGCUUUAAGAAGAUCAGGGAUAAAAUUUCUGGGCCAGAGUCACCUAGGAAAAGGGCUUCUGCUCUUGACCCUUUAUCACAUGUAGGAUAUACAGAGUUGAAGAUUACUUCAGAUUCUGAGUCAGAAAUCCAGAUUUCAGAUGAUGAGGAUGGAUGUUCUGCUACUCGUGGUAAAACUGAUUCUAGAUCGGAAGAUAAUGUUCAACAUGACAAAGGAAUAACACAGAAAUUAGAAAAUGAUCAGCCUCGCCAAUCUUCUGAAUCCAAGCCUUCUCUUCUGGAUCGGCCAAUGCAGCUGGCUGCCAGCUCGGGCAAAACUGUGAGCUUUCAGGCAUCUAAUGAUUUUGUAGGGCAUGGCUUAGCAGAACUUGAUUGGGAAAGUCUUUCUCCUAAGACCGGUGCUUCUGUAUUGCCAGAGUUCAUCUCAUCAUAUAAUAUUGUCCAGUCACCCAACCCUUUAGAAGAUCAUCACACGUCACGAGAGAGUAUAAAGUCCAAUAUUUUUCUCCCUCGUAUCUCAGACCUCUCUGCACUUUCGGAGCUCAUAUCAGUGACCAAUAUACCUUCUUCAUCCAGUACUAAGAUCCAUGAGACGGAUUUGACCGAAGCAAAUGAUGAAGUAAACAACUUAAAUGAGAAUUAUAUUGCAAAAUCUCCAGUUCAUUUAGAUAACAGUGCUCCAUCUAUAUCGAACCAAAAAAAUCAAGUUGAUAUAUCUAUUGUGAGUAAUGGAGAGAGAAAAGUAUCAGAUAGGCUUGGAGAACCAAAUGCAAUUAGUGAUUCUGCAAAUGCUGGAGAAGAUGUGAAGUCGCUUCCCCAACUUUCAACUUCUGGGAUGGAUGAAUCACAAACUGCAAGUCUUAGAGAUCAUGGUGAUGACCGCCAAAGAAGUGAUGCGUCUAGCUCUGACGGGGUACAUAUGGUUCAAACAUCUACCAUCCUGGGGAGAGAUGAUUCAGGUAAUGAAUCAGCAGAUGGACUUAGCGUCAGUGAAAUUGAGGGCGAAAGUAUUUUUGAUAGGUUGAAACGACAAAUUGAACAUGAUAAGAGAUACAUAAAUUCUCUAUACAAGGAACUGGAGGAAGAAAGGAGUGCGUCAGCCAUUGCCACUAAUCAGGCAAUGGCCAUGAUCACUAGGUUGCAAGAGGAGAAGGCAUCACUUCAUAUGGAGGCCUUGCAGUAUUUAAGAAUGAUGGAAGAGCAAGCCGAGUAUGAUAUGGAGGCACUAGAAAGGGCUAAUGAUCAACUUGCUGAAAGGGAGAAAGAGUUGCAAGAUCUGGAAGAAGAGUUAUUAUUAUAUAGGAGUAAUGUUCCAGAUGAAUUAGCAGCAGAAGAUCCACAGAAGGAAAGCAAAAACCUGAAAGAAGAAAAUGUAAUAAAUGAGAAUCAUAGUUUAGAACAUGUUGAAAACAAGCUCAGUGGCAGUUCAGAUUCGAAAACUAUUAAAGUAUCCAAAAUCAGUGAUAAACCUAGACAGUUUAAUGAUUCAAUAUGUAACUUCGAGGAUGAAAAGCUCAUUAUUUCAAAACAUCUGAAGAACUUGGAGAAAAAGCUUUUACAAAUUUCUGGCAGACAGGCCUCAGAUAAUGUUCCUUGUAACGGAUGUUCAGAAAGGAUAAAGAAAGAUGUUGAUAAUCAAGUUAAGAAACAAAGUGAUGAUGGGGAAAGUACUAAUUCCCAACAGGAGGAGAUUUCUUCAUCCACACGCAAUGAUUUUUCUAAAUCAAAUGGAGGUUCCAUUGACAAGCCUGCUGAUUUAGAUGUGGAAAAUUCUAUUGUUAGUGAAAAGACAAAUCAUGUAGACAUUAAGCAUAGCAAGGUUUCCUCUCUUGGAGGUGAAGUUGAUGGGGCUGCUAUAGGAAAUGAAAUAUCAGAGCUUAGUGAGAGGUUACAAGCACUUGAGGAUGACUGUAAAUUCCUCAUGUAUGCCUUUAACUCGCUCCAGAAUGGACAUGAAGGAAUACAUCUUAUUCAGGAAAUAGCUCAUCAGCUGCAAGAAAUACGGAAAAUUGAUCUUGACAAGAGAUGACUAUCUCUAAACUUUGAAAUUUCAAGUUUUACAAUGACAAGCCAGAAGCCCAGCUGCAUCAUUAUUUACAGCUCAUAGUUGGAAAGGAGAAGCUCAUGACGCCAAAGAAAUCGUUUUGAUGAUCGAGAAUUGGUCUAAAGUACUGCUUUUCAUGUCUUGUUGUUUUCUUAAAUUGGUUUUGUUGAAAAGUUACAGCUCAUCCUUUCGUUUUUGUUUCCUUUUCCUGUUUUUGGGUCCUUUUUCACAAUUUUGUUAGUCGUUAAUGUGAUCGUGUGGUGCGAGAUUUUGGUGUAAUGUGUAUGUAUCUUUUUUCAAGGUUGGGCUUUGUUGCCAGGUUUCACAACUGUAAAUGUAGAUAGGUUCUUCAAAGGACUUCCAAAUUUGCUUCUA